AUGUCGUCUGUAGAUUCUGUUGCAGAUACUUGCCAGUCCGCUGGUUCAGAAUGUUACGAAGUGUCCUCAUCGUCCGGUAACCAUAGUGAAGAAUUCUCAGUGACACCUACCUCAUAUCCAAAUACACCUGAAUUCCAAGAUUUAGAUUCAGAAUGCAUAGAAAUUUCACUUGAAUCCUCCAAGUUUUCAGAAGAUCUCACUCAUUCUCCACAGGAAACUGUUAUGUUUACCAAUAUCAAUGGUUUUUGGAGACAAGCGAGCAUCAAAUGGUUUUCAAAUGUGCCUGAAUGUUCACCGGAAAUGAGUCCAUCGUUGUCUCACUACUCUGUGUCUUCAGAUUCACUUAGUGAUGAACCGGAACACAAACCUCAACCAUUUCUGCUUUCUCAUCAUGAUAGUAGCUCUGAAGAAGUAAGUAGAGCUGAAGAAACGACAGAAGAUAUGAAGUCUCUCAAACCCACUUUUAUGAGACAUAUGAAGUUUAAUACCAAAAUCUUCAACAAAACUCAUGUUCCACAAAGCAGUCUAACUUCUAUUGCUCGUAAGAAGACUUUACUGGCGAAAGCAGUCAGUCGCAAGCUGCUAUAUUCAAAGUUAUCUAGUCGCACACCCAUCCGACUAACUUACCGUCGGGAAUCAUGGCAAGUUGGAGAGUUAGUAUGGGCCUAUCCGACUCGACCAGAGAACUUACCAUGGUGGCCAGCCAUAAUAGUCGAGAGGCCGAAGGGAUGUCCGGCUAAAGGUCUUAGUUUGAAGCCGAUAUACAGUCUUGAUGGUGAAACAGUACCCAUGUUUCGAGUCUGUCUUUUGGGUACUAUUCGCCCAUUGACUUUUCUCACAAUUCCACAAAAUCGUUUACGACUAUUUUCUGGUCGUGAAGAAUUUGAAUCUUUCCUUCGUCAAACUGUUCUGGAAGCUAAAGAUAAAGUCCGGGCAUUACGUCAGUUCACUGUUCAUCCAAGUCUUCAGUCGGCAUGGCAUAUUGCUAGAGAGUCUGCGACAGCAGCUAAAGUAGCUAAACCAGAGCCUAAUGGUCGACUAGCAUUGUUCCCUUGGGCAACUGAAACAAUAUUUCGUAAAUUGGAUCCACUCUCUGAAUUUGUUAGAAAAAAUACAGGAAAACUCACGUUACUUUCGAAACCACGAAAGCGUGCCUACCCAGAAGACAGUAAUUCUUCUUCUGCUUCAGGAGAUUCAGACACAUCUGUAGCAUCUGAUAGUGAUGCCGAUUUCAAAGGCAAGCAUGGUUCUCAUAUCUCUUCGUCUACAUCAACUAGUUCAGUGGGGCAUAGAAAACGUUUAAAGCUGUCGAAUGAUAGUUCUAAGAAUGAAAAAACAGGUCUGCGUUGGGUCGAUUUAGCCAAUACCUUUGAAUUUGAGAAACUGCGUUUCGGUUAUACAACACCGAAACACUUCUUCUUAUGUUGUGUUUGUGGAGAGUAUAGUUCAAUAACAAGUCAGUCGACGGGGAAUAAUGUUGCACUAGAUGUAAAUACAGGGCUGGAUUCACAGAAAACUUGUAAUCAGCCAUUACAUCAUGAUAAAUUAGAUACCUCAGUUAUGGCAUGUGCUGGAGGCUGUGGAAAUUAUCUACACUUAGAUUGUGCUCCAUACAUAUUUUAUCGAAGUGUAAAACAAAAAAAUUGUGAAAAUAAUGGUACAGAUGAAGGUAAUAAUCAUCAUCAAGCAGUGACAGCAAAUGGUAAAGAUAACAAAGGCUCUAUUGCAAAGGAAACAACAACAUCUGGAUUGAAUAAUGACUCAACUCAACCUAAUCCUGUAUGUAGUCUAUGCUUAGCUGGAUUAAGACAAUGUUUCAUUUGUUAUCUCACUCACUCUGAUCCUCAUUUAUCAGCACUUCAAGUUUCUAGUUGUUCUGCAACUCCAUUUGUGGAUAAUGAGAAUUCAGAGUCUACUGUAGUUGAUAAAAAUAUUGCUGAAUUACGUAUGAGAUUUGAAGAGUCUGCUACUGAAACUAAUUCCAAUCAGAGAGAUAUUCAACCAAUAUUAGAAUCAAAUAAAUGUGAGUUGGCGCGAAGUGAUCAAAUGAUACGCUGUUCUGUACGUGCUUGUCGACGAUGGUAUCAUCCUAGUUGCCUACGUAAACCGCCUUUUGCAAUUGUCGUACGUGAAAGGCGUGCUGGUGCAUUCGCCUGUCCUGCUCAUACAUGUUUGGCGUGUUCAGCUGAAACACCUGGGACCAUGCCUCGUCCAUCCCCUCACUUUAUUCGAGAUUGGUGUUUACCGGCUGGUAGUAAAGAAGUGGCUCCUAACUUAAUCAUCUGUCCACGACAUUGCCUACAAGAAGAAUGCAAACUUUAUACUUCACCUCCCAAUAUUCAACUCAAAUUACCAUCAACUGGACUUUUGAAUAUGUUUAGACCAACUAAUGUGUCUUGGUGCUUUAUCUGUUCUAAAGGUGGACGUAUUAUAUGCUGUGAAAACUGUCCAGCUUCUUUUCAUGAAGAAUGUCUUAAAAUUGAUGAGGUUCCUGAUAAAUUCAUUUGCGAAGAUUGUACAAAUGGUCGUCUGUUACGUUAUGGUGAGAUUGUAUGGGCUCGUUUACCGCCAAGUUUACAGUCAUACCAUCAGCGUUCUUUAAAAUUAUCUGGUGCAUAUAGUUCACAUCGUUUAUCUUCACUGAAUUUAUCAGGUGCAUUUCGUUCAAAUGAUUAUGCAUCUCUAACCGCUGGUAUGUAUUGGUGGCCAGGUGAAUUAGUCCAUCCAAGACACUUGCCAACAAGUCAUUGUCAUGCACAGUCUGAAAAUAAAACUGUUACAAUUAAUUUCCAACCGACAACCAGUCCAACAUCACACUCAUUUGAUCAUAUACUCGGUUCAGUACUUGUUCGUUUAUUCGGUUUAACUGGUCGUCUUUCCCAUCGACAUUCACGACCUGUUUACCUAUGGACUACACGGGCUAGAUUAUUUCCUUAUGAAGAGGGUGAUGAUAAACGCGGUGGUAAUAGUUCAAGCUCAGAUGAUGAUUCUACUGAAUCUGAACGAUGUGAAGAAGGAGGUGGUUGUGGUGGUGGUAGUAAUGGUAGUAUAAAGAAAAGUAAUUCAUCAAAACAGCGUACUAAUCGUAAUCGUCGUGAUAAUGAUGCUGAUGAUGGCGAAGAUGAAGAUCCUUUGUUAGAGUUGAACUCCAGCAAUUUACUUGUUGAAGAAAACACUAGUAAUGAUAAUAAACAAACACCAGAAUCUACUAAUCCAAUGGAAUCUCCUAAUGGAUCAAUCAGUAAAUCGAAUAGUAGUCGUCCAUCACGGAAUUUAUGCUUAAGACCACGUACAAAUAAAUGUUUGAAUGAUGAAAAUUCAACUAAAGCAACACCACAUCCACAUACACCACCGUCUGUUGUUAGACGCAGAAAGUUUGUAUACAGUGCUGCAUUGAAACAAGCUGCUCGAGGUUGGCUUAAAAGGCAUGAAAAGUUCUCUGAACUUUUAGGCAGAACACGUCGUCCAGAUUAUUACAAACCAAUAAAGGUGAAUUGGCCGCUUGGUUCUGUUCGAGUUUAUCGUCUUACAGAUCCAAGUGAAGCUCCACGUUGUGAAUGUAAACCGAAUUCAGAGGAUCCUUGUGGACCAUCUAGUCGUUGUAUAAAUCGUGAAUUACACUAUGAAUGCUUACCUAGUAUAUGUCCAAAUGGAGAUGCUUGUCGUAAUCAGCGUUUCACAAAACGUCUCUAUCCACCACAACGACCUUUUUGGACAGGGGAACAACGAGGUUGGGGGCUUAAAACUAUGGUUGCAAUUCGUGCGGGUGAAUUUGUAAAUGAAUAUGUUGGUGAUUUAAUUGAUGAGGAUGAAGCGAAUCGACGUUUAAGAUUUGCUCAUGAAAAUAAUGUCACCAAUUAUUAUAUGAUGAAAUUGGAUAGUCAGAGGAUUAUAGAUGCUGGUCCUAAAGGGAAUUUAAGCCGUUUCAUGAAUCAUUCAUGUGAUCCUAAUUUAAAUACUCAAAAGUGGACUGUGAAUGGAGAUAAUAGAAUUGGUUUAUUUGCUGUCAGAGAUAUACCUGCUGGUGAAGAGCUUACAUUCAAUUAUAAUUUUGUUGCAUUGGGUCAAGAGCGAUUGAAUUGUCGAUGUGGGGCAUCUAAUUGUGUUGGAUUUCUGGGUGCACGUUCAGAGUCUUCUAAUAAUGGUAAUGCCCAAAUUGGCAAUACAUCUACUGCUUGUGUUGAAUCAAACAGUUCAUCAACUGUCUCAGUUAAUACGGACACCAUUCGUGGAUCCAAACGUCAUACAUCACAAGGAAAUUCACGUCCUGGGGAUGCUGACAAGUCUAAUCAAAAAGAUGGACGUGACACAGGUUCCAAUAAGACUUCUACUUCAACUAUAUCUACAUGUUCAAUAACAAAUGGUAAAAUUGGUUUGAAUGGUGUUAGUAGUCUUUCAUCCGUGAGCAAACAUUAUGAGACUAAGUGUUUCCGAUGUGGUGAAAAAGAUGCUCCUGUUGGAAGACGAUCAACAGUACCAUUAUCUUAUGAAAUUCUAAGUCCAACAUCUUCUACUAGUAAUAUCUUAUCAACAAAUAAAUCUGUAAAUAAACGUGGAUUAAAACGUGAAUUAGAAGAUUUAGUUGCAGCUGUUGUCAAUCAUUCACCGACUAAAACUUCACUCUAUGGAUUAAAUUCACCUCAAUCAAUAAGUCAAACUGAAUUACAAUUGAAAUCCUCCACUUCAAUAUCAACUAGUCAAGAGGAUCAAACAUUACAGAAAUCAUCUGAUUUAAUUGUAUGCAGUAAAUCUGAUUGUUCAAAAGUUUAUCAUUUAUUCUGUCUUGAUUUGGAUACACCACCUACCGGUGGUCAAUGGUUUUGUCCUUGGCAUCAUUGUGAUGCUUGUGGUCGUCCUUCUCAUAUUUUCUGUUCUAUAUGUCCAUCAUCAUUUUGUUUGGCUCAUGUUGAAGGAAGCAUUGUUGUUCUGCCUCCAGCUUUACCAAAACGUAAAUGUAAGCUGUCUAACAUUCGAUCUGAAAGUGGUGAUGGUAUUCACUCCACUGUAGAAAAUAAAAGAAUAAAUGCCCUUCUUGCUAGGAUAGUUUGUAUGUCUCAUCAUGACCUAGUGAAUAAAAUGGACAAUUUAUCUAUUUUAAAACGACGUAAAAUAGAUCAAUAUGAUUCUGUUCAAUCUAAUGAAGUUUCUGAUAAGAAUAAAAUGUCAAAGAGUGAAGGCGAACAAUUGAAUAAUGAAAGUCAGUCAUCCUCAGGGUUAAUUAACACAAGACGUCAAACUUUUCUACGUCAUUCACUAGUGCCAAAUACUAGCCAUGAUAAUAAUAAUAAUAAUAGUAAUAAUAAUAAGUCUAAUGCUAACUCAUCUAGUCCAUGUGGCCUAGAAUCAACUAUACAGAAUGAUUGUCUUUCAGAUUGUAUAAACACUGCAUCGAAUCGAACUAUUGAAACUAAUUAG